GCAGUGGAACUAUCAUCUUAGAGCCUGUUACCGUGGCCAACCAGUCGCCAUCAAACGCUUUCACUUCAAGAAGUGCAGGCAGGCAGACCAUCAGCAGUGGUACAGACACCAUGAUGAAGCAUUUUCAGUCCAUGGACGCGUGCCGGAGCUUCUCAGAGUUCCGUCAGGAGACCAGCAUGCUCCACUCCCUACAGCACCCGUGCAUCGUGCUGCUGGUGGGAAUCAGUAUUCACCCGCUCUGCUUCGCCCUGCAGCUGGCUCCCCUGGGCAGCCUCAACAUUGUGCUGGAGGACAGACAUAAAGGCUCCAGGUACAUGCCCCUGGGUCACAUGCUCACCUUCAAGGCAGCCUAUCAGAUUGCAGCGGGCCUGGCCUACCUGCACAGGAAGAACAUCAUCUUCUGUGACCUCAAGUCAGACAACAUCCUGGUAUGGUCCCUGGAGGUGUGUGACCCGGUGAAUAUCAAGCUGUCAGACUACGGCAUCUCGCGCCAGUCCUUCCACGAGGGGGCACUGGGUGUGGAGGGCACGCCGGGCUACCAGGCCCCCGAGAUACGCCCAGGCAUCGUUUAUGAUGAGAAGGUGGAUAUGUUCUCGUAUGGGAUGGUUGUGUAUGAGUUGCUGUCAGGUUGUAGGCCUGCGUUGGGCCAGCACCAGCUCCAGAUAGCUAAGAAGCUGUCUAAAGGGAUCCGUCCCACCCUGGGACACCCAGAGGAAGUCCAGUUCCACUGUCUGCAUGGCCUGAUGAUCGAGUGCUGGGACACUAAGCCUGAGAAGAGGCCCCUGGCCAUGCAGUGUGUGAGGCAGAUGCAGGAGCCCAGUUUCCCAUGUCUGAAGUACCUGCUGGCCUGUGACACACACUCCCAGCUCUUCCUGUCUCACUUGCAGGGACACAGCGCUGUGUUCUGGGACGGGGACAAGGAUGACAGGAACUACAGUGUGGUGAACAUAGAGACGGGUCAGGUAGAGGUGAAGAGGAUGCCGUGUCCAGGAACCAGGCUGAGCUGUCAGAUGAAGAUGGAUAACACCUUAUGGACCGCCACAGAGGAGCAGGAAGUGUUCAUCUACAGUCUAAAGGAGAUGUGUCCACUGAGCCAGCCCCAGAAACAGAUCUCCUGUCCUGCUAUAGUCACCUGUCUGUUCCCCGUGCCCGCCAGAGACCAGCAGACCCAGGCGUGUGUCUUCAUGGGGAUGUCAGACGGUCUGGUGGCAGUGUACUCUCUAAUGGAUGACAUGCCUGUGGAAGGAGAGACCUACCUGUGUUCUCACACCCUCAAUAUGACCAUGUUUGGGAUGGAGGACUCUGACCCCAGACAGAGACCCUACCCAGUCAGGAGCAUGGUCCUGGUCCACAGUGGAUCCCAGCUGUGGUACUCCCAUGGUCCAGGCCUGCUGGUGAUCGACUGCCGGACCCUCCAGGCGGUGCAUCGUCUGGACCCCUACGACCCACCAUCCUCCAUACAGGCCCUGGCCUCCAGCCCCUGUCUGUGGGGGGAUGAGGCAGUGUGGACCCUGGACGACCACACCAACACCCUGCAGCUGUACCACGCUGCCACCUACCAGCUCUGUGCCACGUACAGCUGUGGAGAUGCCAACCCUCUCCGGGACGUGUUCACUGUACAGCGACCUGCAGGGGUUACCAUGGCUACUAGUCCUGACCUUGACUCAAAGAGGAAGAGUCUAGAUGAGGAGGAGGAGGAAUGUCCUAACGACAAAGUGACGCUGAUCUACAGCGAGGAGGCGGGAACUCAGAUCAUCCAGCACCAGGAUUCGCUGACUGACUACUGCUCCAUCUCUUCUGACUCCACCCCUUCGCUGGGAUUUGACCGAUCCGGCCCCUUGUCAGAGCCGCUGGGAUUGGACAGAUCCAGUUCCUGCGCGCUCAGCUCAUUGGCUAGUUCCAGCAGUAUGCCUUUUUCCACUGAGGAGGAAGAGAGGCCUCAGGACCAACCAGACGACCCUGACCCUGUGGUGAACUCUGACCCCACCACAACCUUUACCACCACUCCCCCCCACCUGCAGGCCCUCACUGUGCUGGCUGUCAAUGGAACCCUUUGGAUCCCCAGGAGUGGUGGUGACGUGAUGGUGAUCGAGGUCCAGCGGCAGACAGGACAGCUCAGGGGGCGUGUCAUCGCUGUGCUCUGCCCCCCCGGAACUUCCUCUUACGGGACCCUGGAGGAGGCCGCACUGGUGGCAAAGGACACGGUUGUGUGUGGCUUUCGCAACGAAAAUAGGGCCUGGUGCCUGUGUGUCUGGCGGGGCUGGGGCCCCCGUGAGCUAGAGGUCUUCUACCAGUCCUAUGAGGAGCUGGGGAGGCUGGAGACCAGCAUGAGGAAAAGAAGGUAGCCGUUGUACGGCACCGGCCGUGGUGUCCCAGGCAGAGUCUAGCAGUCACAGAAUCAUAGCUCUCUGUCUGUCUCUGUGUGUGAGAGAGAGAGAACACAUUCACAGGCCCCCAGUGUUCAGAGCAGGGGGCCGCGGAGCUCUGACAUCAGAGUGACAAGGAGGGGUGAGGGAGAUGGUGAAGCAAAAGAGAGGACAGGAGAGAUUGGGAUAUGUUGAGAGGAGACUCAGGGAUGGGGCGGGGGCUCAUCCUGUUAUAGCUUGGGCCCAAACCCCCAUGGACUAGGUCAAAACCCCCGUGUGCCCCCAACACACCCCACACUUCCCCCUCUGGAGCACCACUAAGAUGGAUUGACUAUCAGUUAAACCUGAGCCUGAAGAUAGAAGGGACUAGGGUUGCAAUUUUCCGGUAACUACCAAAAAUGCCAGGUUUUCCAGAAAUCCAGUUGGAAGACUCCUGAAAUCAGGAUUAAGCAGGAAAACCAGAAUCUACCAACCAGGAUUUCUGGAGAACCUGGGGAUUUUGGGAAGGUUACUGGAGUUCUGCAACCAUAAAACAGACGGUAGGACAAAACGGGCCGUAAAGACACGUGUCCCAGAUCUACUGAACACAGAGUGUACUCACUUCACAGGACAGUGGAACGUAACACUCAACUGAGUUGUGUGUGUGAGAUAUAUGAGUAAACAACACCGUAAGCAGUUCUGUUUCCUCAUGGGGCGGCAGGGUAGCCUAGUGGUUAGAGCUUUGGACUAGUAACCGAAAGGUUGCAAGUUCAAAUCCCCGAGCUGACAAGGUACAAAUCUGUCGUUCUGCCCCUGAACAGGCAGUUAACCCACUGUUCCUAGGCCGUCAUUGAAAAUAAAAAUUUGUUCUUAACUGACUUGCCUAGUUAAAUAAAGGUUAAAAAAAUAAAUAAAAAAUAGGCCAUCUCCCAACAGACCAAGGACACAGCAGAAAGGACUCACCCCUGCCCUGCAGUAUAGAGACUGGGACUGUCUCUAAACCAAUGACACUCUCCUAUACCAAUCUCUCACACUAGCUCAGAUAGACAUUAGAUGAAGGGUUUCUGCUGCUGGGCUAAACUCUGACUUGUGCAUUUAACAAGUAACAAGACUGUAGACAGAAGUCAGGGUUAACUAUGUGUAGGAGUUUGCCCUUCGGUUUGAUGCCCGUCAGUUUUACUUCCAGUGUUGGCGCUUGAAGUUGCCAGUACUAUAUUGUGUAUUGAGGAUGCAUCACAAAUGGCACCCUAUUCCCUACAUAGUGCACUAUGGGCCCUGGCCAAAAGUAGUGCACUAAGUAGGGUUCCAUUUGGGACAUCCAGUGUGUUGAUACCAACAUGGGAGGGUUUCCUAACUUCACUGCUGUGUCAGUGAGAUGGUGUUCAUUUAUGGUGUAAUAUGUUCAAAUCCUCUUCAGUGUAAAUAUACUAUAUUGUGUAUAUACUGUACGACCAUGAAUAAACUUCUUCUAAUAGUAGAA